AUGAUCUUAUUACAUCAAAUGGUAUAUCUCCUUUUCAUUGUCUCUGUUUCUGGUGAAUGUGUUACUGAGCUGUUCAGAGACAUAAGCUUUCAAGGGGGAGAUGUUGAUACUGUUUUUACACCAAGCGCGAAGUAUUGCCAACUACUUUGUACCCACCACCCAAGAUGCUUGCUAUUCACGUUCAUAGCUGAAUCAACAUCAGAAGAUCCUACCAAAGGGUUUGCCUGUGUCCUGAAAGACAGUAUUACUGAAACAUUGCCAAAGGUGAAUAUGACAGGAGCAAUUUCUGGAUAUUCUUUUAAGCAAUGUCCACAUCAACUAAGUGCUUGCAACAGAGAUGUAUACGUGGACCUGGACAUGAGGGGCAUGAACUAUAAUGACUCUCUCGCCAGCAGUGCUCAGAAAUGCCAAGAGAGAUGCACGAAUGACAUCCACUGUCAGUUUUUCACGUUUGCUACAAGACACUUUCCCAGUGCAAAACACCGGUGA